GUGACGUAUUACACUAGACAAACAGGAAGAACAGAAAUUCAGGUAGACAGAACGAAACAGAAGAGCGUAAUCUCUCAUAAUUUAGUUUCCAGAUAGCUACUUGCAGUUCAAAAUGCUGAAAGCUGUAAUUCUCAUUGGAGGGCCGCAGAAAGGUACACGAUUUCGACCAUUGUCAUUUGAGGUCCCAAAACCCUUGUUUCCGGUGGCUGGUGUGCCUAUGCUACAGCAUCAUAUUGAAGCAUGUGCCAAGGUUCCAAAUAUGAAGGAGAUUUUGCUUAUCGGCUUUUACCAGUCAAAUGAAGAACUUACCAGAUUCAUGAUUAGCGCACAACAGGAAUUCAAAAUCUCUAUCAGGUAUUUGCAGGAGUAUGCAGCUUUGGGUACUGGGGGAGGAAUCUACCACUUCAGAGAUCAGAUCCUUUCCGGUGGGCCUGAAGCAUUCUUCAUUAUGAAUGCUGACGUGUGUUCUGAGUUUCCUCUAUGUGAGAUGCUCCACUUUCAGAAAGAACAUGGAGACCCAAGCAGUUUGGUCAUCCUGGGAACAACUGCAAAUAGAAAACAAUCCAUGAACUAUGGCUGUAUUGUGGAAAACCAGGAAACAAAUGAGGUUCUGCAUUAUGUGGAGAAGCCUAGCACUUUUGUGAGUGACAUCAUAAACUGUGGAAUCUACCUGUUUACCCCAGAGAUUUUCCAACACAUUGGGGCAGUAUUCCAAAAGAACCAGCAGGACAUGCUGUUAUAUCCAUAUGAGGGAGAUGACCUGACUAAUGGAAACGGCUGGCAUCGAGCUGAGGCCAUUCGAUUAGAACAGGACAUCUUCACAGCUCUAGCUGGACAGGGAAAGCUCUAUGUCUACAAAACCCCAGCCUUCUGGAGCCAGAUUAAAUCUGCAGGGUCUGCAAUCUAUGCCAGUCGCUUGUACCUCAACCAGUACCACAAAACCCACAAGGAACGUCUGGCUACAAACAAAGAUGGAGGGCCACGGAUAAGCGGAAAUGUAUAUGUGCACCCGACAGCCAAUAUUGACCCUACUGCAGUGUUGGGUCCCAAUGUCUCCAUUGGCACAGGGGUGACCAUCGGGGCAGGUGUUCGAGUGAGGGAGUCCAUCAUCCUGCAUGGUGCUACUCUACAGGACCACAGUUGUGUAUUGAACUGUAUAGUUGGAUGGGACAGCUCUGUCGGCAAGUGGGCCAGAGUUGAAGGAACUCCCAGUGACCCGAACCCGAAUGAUCCCUAUGCAAAAAUAGACAGUGAAACACUCUUCAGAGAUGGGAAGCUCACACCGUCAAUCACCAUUCUUGGUUGUAAUGUGACCAUACCAGCCGAAGUGAUCAUACUCAACUCGAUUGUUUUGCCACACAAAGACCUGAACCGGAGCUUCAAAAACCAAAUUAUAUUGUAGUUCAUUUUCUGUCUGCCCUGUUCAUUUAGUGUCAACCACGAAGAACUGUUUGUUUGAAGAACACCACCACUGCCUCUGGGUUAUUGUUUAGAAUGUAAAAUAACAGAUGACAAUUAUUUAGGAAUUCGGAAAGAGGUACACUCACAGGCCAGUUCAUUAGGUAAAGCAACCCAUUCACAUAAAUGGAUCGUUCCUACACACAGUGGAUGUGCCUUGCUAUAAAAAGCAGAAUGUUGAGGCAUUCAGUUACUGUUCAAUUGAAUGUUACAGUGGACAAAAUGAGUGACAUGACAGUGGGGUAUGAUCAGUGUCAUAUGCUGACUUAAGGAUUUGACAGCCCACCCCCUGUGCUUUUAAUGCACAACAAUGCCUAGGUUUCACAGAAUCAGUGGCAGUCCCAUAGGACCAAAGAGCUUGUUGAUGAGAGGUCAAAGGAGAAUGGUCCAAGCUAACAGGUGGGCCACAUUUAGGCAAAUAACGGCACAAUGUCAGUCCUUGUCAUGAAUUUGCUAUUGGAGCACACCAGACAUUUCUAUCAGUUAAAAACAGUAAAUCAAGUGGGCACACAAUCAGCAGAUAAUCCCAGUUCAGUUAGAGUGGGCUGUGACACAAAAAUGUGUGUAUGUUGGCAGCGAAUGUACCGCCGUCCACCCUGAGGCAAUAGUGUGAUACCAUCGGGUUAGCAUGGGCCUACAUCCCUGUGGAACCGACUACUAGAUAGGUGAACUAAGUAAACUGGUCUGAGAGUGUAUAUAUUAGUUUUACCCUUCAUGAAUUCUGAUAUCAUUUGAGAUGCUUUUGGAAGCUGGUAGUGUUUGGUGCAUUUUCUCCAAGUCAUAAUCCCCCGAUUUUUCUGAAAAAUGCUUUGUAAAAUUGUCUUUAAAUGUACAUUUUAAGGCUAGUGCAGAAGUUUAACUCUGAUAUAUUCACUAAAUUAUAAAUUGUUAUAUUUUCUCAUAGGGUUACUUGUGGUGCUAGCCUAGUUACUGAGAAUGUUCUUGAAAAAUGUAAAACCAAAUCAGCUGCAGACUCAAGACUGCAAAAUAAAUAAUGGGUCUGCUACAAACUAAUUGUGUGGGCUAAUUUGGGGCCCUUUACAUGAGUGCUUUGAUUAAAAUGUGACCAUUUUAAUUGCAA